AUGAGACUGUUGCACGCUCUAUGUCUCUUGAACUGCGUCGUUGGUAGCCUAGCAACCUGUUCAAUGGAAGACGACACCUGCGAGUUCUGGUUGGUAAUUGAACACCGUUUGACGAUGAUGGAUUACAAGACAGCGGUAUAUCCGGCUAAAGGGCUUCUGUACAAGUGCGAUGUCCUGAACACAUCCCAGGCACAACCUGUUGAUCCCAGUGGGGUCAUCACAGCCGACGGAUGGGAGAGCUCACGACUGGUGAUUACAGCCAAUGGAACAAUGCCUGGGCCGUCCAUCGAGGUGUUCGAAGGACAGACGGUCAUCGUGCACGUGAAGAACCUGCUGACCGGAAUGACCACCAGUAUACAUUGGCAUGGGCUACACCAGACAGACACUCCCUGGAUGGACGGGGUAGCUUUUAUCACUCAGUGUCCUAUUCUUCCAGGCCAGACAUUUACAUACAAAUUUAAGGCAUACCCAAAAGGCACGUUUUGGUACCAUGCUCACGUUGGCUCCCAGAUUACCAUGGGGUUACUGGGAGCACUCAUAAUCAGAGAGAAGGUGAAGACGUCUAUGGAAGAGUUUAUUAUGCUCUUGCAGGACUGGAAUCAUGAUAUGGAUGGAGACUUGAUGCACCUGAAGAUGGUCUACGGUAACUACCAGAACAGGCAAAGAAUUCCUCCAUCUACUUCGAUAGAAGGUGCAAGAUUUAGCAUGUUCCCUUUUCAGUCCGGAUUGGUUAAUGGCAAAGGCAGGGUGUACUAUCCCAACGGAAGUCACAACGAGGCUCCACUGACUGUCUACACAGUCAAGUCAAUGACAUCCUACAGAUUCCGAGUGAUUGGUGCCUCAAGUUUGCAUCCGUUCAGGGUCUCUAUCGAUGAGCACGCCAUUAAACUGUUGGCAUCGGACGGAUACGAGCUGCAACCAGUUGUAGUUGAAUCUUUCAUUAUCAACUCUGGCGAGCGAUACGACUUCGAGAUUGUGACAAACCAGACCGAGAAAAACUACUGGAUAAGAGCGCAAACACUGGAGGUCAACGUGUCCAACCACAUCGCUCUGGCUAUUCUCAGGUACCAGGGGGCACCAGACGAGGACCCGACAACAGAGAGAAGAAACUGCACAGAUCUUGACAGAUGUUUGGUCGUGAACUGUCCAUUUUCCUACUACCCAGAAGAUACGUUCACGGACUGUAAGCCAGUCGGGACCAUACUUGCUGCAGAAAGCAGCAAUGUCCCGGGUACCAGCAGGCAACAGCUAGAAGACGUGGAGGAGAUCUUUCUCAACUUUGCUUUUCCCGGAACUACCUGGACUCCCGGCUCAGUCAAUGGCCGCACUUUUCAGCACAACAAAGUCUAUCAGAUGAUUCUUGUCAACAUGGGAGAUGGCAGAGGUUGGGCUCACCCUGUACACAUGCACGGCCACUCAUUCUAUGUGCUCAAGCAGGGCUACCCUCAGUAUAAUCGCACGACGGGAAAAGUGAUAAAUGACAACACAGACAUAGACUGUGGAGGCAAUCGUAAUGGGACAGAGAGUUUCUGCAAUGCUGCUAGAUGGGCCAAUGCUUCCUGGGGAGGAAACAACGUGCCGGGUUUACAUCUAGAGUCACCUCCCCGUAAGGACACAAUUAUGGUUCCUACUGGAGGUUAUGUUGUACUGCGAAUAAGGGCAGACAAUCCUGGCUUGUGGAUCAUUCAUUGCCACGUAGAGUUACAUAUGAUGGACGGGAUGGCUCUGCUGCUCAAUGAAUCCUUCAGCAAUCAACCACCACCUCCUACAGGUUUCCCAAGAUGUGGUAGUUUCAAUUUUGAUAAGCAUCAAGAAACACAUAAGCACGAGGGAGAAAAUAAUACAUACACUGAAUUUUCCUACUGGCUGACUACUGGGUGUCUUCUGGCUGUGGUGGUAAUACUGUUAAUUAUAAUAAUUUUGCUCUGCUGUAGGUUUCGGACGAAUCACAAAGGCAAGCUCAACAUAAAUAACGAGUAUCACAACCAUGCUUGCAAUGAUAAGUAA